AUGAUCACUGGUACCUCCCAGGCUGACUGCGCCGUCCUCACUAUCUCUGCCCAGGGUGGUGAAUUCGAAGCCGGUAUCUCCAAGGAAGGUCAGACCAAGGAGCACGCUCUUUUGGCCUACACCCUCGGUGUCAGAGAAAUGAUCGUCUCUGUCAACAAGAUGGACCACCCUUCCGUCAACUACGGUGAGGAGAGAUUCAAGGAAAUUCAGGAUGAGGCCAAGGUCUUCCUGAAGAACGCUGGUUACAAGCCAGAGAAGAUCCAGUUCGUCCCAAUUUCUGGAUGGACCGGAGAGAACAUGAAGGAGAAGUCUGACAAGCUCCCAUGGUACAAGGGCCCAACCCUCCUCGGUGCCCUGGACUCCCUCCCAGCCCCAACCAGACCUUUCGACAAGCCACUCAGACUCCCAAUUAACGACGUCUACAAGAUCUCUGGUGUCGGAACCGUCCCAGUCGGCAGAGUCGAGACCGGUAUCAUCAAGGCCGGUUGCUGA